GUUUACGAACGUACUUAUUUAGUCCCGAAUCAUGUGCCAAAUUUAUUUUAUUUUAAUCGAAUAUUAAACUGUCACGAACAUGUUUGGUUUAUUUACAUCACCAUAAUUUACACAGUAAGUGAAAAUGUCAAAAUGGUGUAGUGUGGUGUGGAUACAAUACAAAUUAAUACUUCCGUGACUAAAUGUGUAAAAAGUAACAGAACGGAUCCCCAUUUCCCAGACGACGCCGCUGCUCGAAAGUCGAAUCUGUCUUCGCGCAGUUUCCAAAUUGUCGCUCUCUCUUCCUCUCUUCACUUGUCGCCUAUUGCCUUCAGGGUCUCGAAAAUCCAUCUUUCGUUUUUCCUCUCUUCUCGUCAACCUAAGAGAAAAGGUCAGAAGCCCUCAACCUGUUCAAAUCGGAUGGCAACCGGAUCACCGCUCGCUCGACUCGGCGUCACUCGCUCUCUCCGCCUCGGUUUAGCUCGUUCCAUGGAUUCAACUCGCGCCGCGACUCGGUACUUCAGCGACGGCGACGUCGGCAAGGGCGGCCGAGUCCUCAGCGAAGAGGAGCGCGCCAAAGAGACCGUCUACGUCCAGAAAAUGGAGAGGGAAAAAUUGGAGAAGCAGAAGCGGAAAGCUGAGAAAGAAAAGGCCGAGAAGGAGAAACAGAACACUGAAAAGGUGUGUGAUUUCUGAGAAUACAAAUUAUCUCUUGGUGAAAUGAUUAUGGCUGUUGCUUAUUUUGUUUGUCUGCUCUGCUGUGUGCGUGUGUGUUAUUUUUCAGUACUUUCUCGAUGUUCAUGUCUUAUCAGUAUUUGCUACCAUCUAUGAUUGGGUUCCUACUUCAAUCACGACUCUUAAUUUACUCAGAAGAUUAUGAUAGUCAUUAUUUUCCUUCAAAAUCAUUGCAAUUCUUUGGUUGUAGUUUGAACAAUACAGUGCCAUUGUAAAGCUGGUUCGUGUCUGGUUCCAAAGUUUUCUUCUACCGUAAUAGGCUGCAUAUUAUUAGUUUUGAAUUAAGACUUUAUAGAGAGAGAUUUCUCAUAUCCCUGAGCUUGAAAGGGAAAGGCUAUGGUAGUUUGCAAGCCUGUCUCUAGAUUCCAUCUUCACUAGUGAGCAAGUAUGUGAUAAGAAUCUUUUUCUUGAAUCUUGGAGUGCCAACUAUAUGGUGCUCGAAUAAUUCAGCUUGAACUAUCUUUUCUGAUUGUCUGACUGAACUCGUCGUUUCAUAUACUUUGUAUAUAUAUAGCAAAAGCAUGAUAGACUGAUGCUUAAUUUUGGUAUACAAACGUUGGAGCACUUACAUCAGUAGUACAUCCUUUUCACUUUGGAAGUGCUGCUACUGUAUUGUCUCCGUAGCAGGGAGACUGUUUGUGGAUAAACUGAACAGUGAAACUGAUUCCGUGACUGAAAUGCAAAUAAGAACAUUUUCCCUAUUACCAACAUGACAGCGAGUUAUUUCGUCAAAUCUAUGAGCAAAUACAGACGUGGUUGAUCUUUAGAUAAUGUGGGAUCAGGAAGGGGUUAGGUUCUCCAUGGCCAUUUGCCAUGCUUCAAGUUGUGAGACAUCAUCCUAAUAAAGGAAGUAUAGACUGUGUAGUGGGGAUGUUCUGUAUCCAUCAUUUUCAGAAAUUUUCCAAGAGCUCCUCCAAGCUUGGAAGGUUUUCAGGUACUAACUACUCCCUCACUACAAUAACUUUUGUUUGUUGCAGAAAUGAAAUCUGAAACUGUCAACCGGAGUUGAUGAAUGUCAGAGCUAUGCUGCCGAUGCAGAAAUAAGUUGAAUGGAGAAUAAGAGCCGGAGCGUGCCAAUCUCCGGUCUAGGGUUGUGAUCUUUUUGUGUAUGUAGUGCUUUGUUUUCGUCCUGUGGACCUUCUAUUCUAAUGUUGGUAGUCGGUUUGCAACACUAGCAGUUCCGGUCAGUCUUGAGUGCUUCGAACUUACCGAUGUAUCUGAGAAAUAUCAACCCGGUUACCUUGUUAUGAACUAAGCGUGUACUUGUUGCUCGAUCCCUCUAAGUUCGAUAUAUGUCAAAUGAUGUUUCUCGAUCACCACAAAAUGAGAUUAUUUUAACGCGCCAACCAAAUCUAUGGAUCACGGCGGUAACUUGUUUUAUUUGUGAACAGUACAACUCAUACAAUAAAAGUGAAACACCAGG